GAAUUCAAAAGAAAAUGGCGACACACAUACGGGACACGGCUUCUCGGAUAUCACCUUGCAGGUUGUGAGUGGAUUUAAAAAACGGUUACAACAUCCAUCCAGUGUACAGUGUAUCCCGAGAAAAAAGCGUCAUGUGAAUAAUCCUAGGUCACAGCAUUCACUUUGAUCAGUAACUCCAGUGAAAAUGUUACGUGGAAUACGUUCGAAAAAUAAUGAGAUGCCUAUUCCAACGAGAGCAGCCCCCAAACCACCUGGACAUCUGGGACAGCGGAGCAUGGCCUGGAGCACCAGUGAUCCGUUUGGACCUCUGACAAUGCCCCAACCUGUCCAGAAAAAAAAACCACCACCACGGCCUCCGCCUCCUCGUUUCCGUAAAGAUAAUUUACAGGGUGCGAUUGAUAAGUCAAGAAAACCAACAAGACCGACCGAGCUUCUGGGCAAUUUAUUUGGACUCAAAAAUACGUCGAAACAACAGCAAGUGAAUCCAUUAUUAGCAGGCAAUCAGAGUAGACCACCGAGUACAGGAAUUCCACACCAGAAUUUUUUAGAGACAGGUGUUUCCCUGAUUGAUCUGAGUCCCCCGGGAUCACCCACAUUCACGACUCGAUCGAGUAGCGAUGGCGUGAGUGUCGACAGUUUCGGGAGCGAUGGAAAUUCAAAUCCAUCCGUAUUCACCAGUAGUGGAAACACUUCUCAGACCGAAAGUGCCUUUGAAGAUGACUUUGAUUUCUUCGGUAGUCUAAAUAAGCCAAAGUCAUCGACACACGAUCCCUGGAAAACGUCGACCAGUUUCGACGCUUUUUUGCCAGUCUCAGGGGUCACGAAUGGAGUUAAACACGUUGGAGAUGCUAAUUUUUUUGCUUUCAAUGGAGAAACGUCUGCAGGGGGAUUGUUAUCUGCCACGAGUCAUGCUCCCACGAUGCCCACCAUCAUUCGGGCACGACCUCCAAAGCCACCAGCGCCUAAGAUUUUACCUACUAGUUUAGCACCAACAGUCACGAAUUUCGUUGCCAAUAGAAAAAGUGAGGACUCAGCCGCCUUCGGAGAGGCUUUUUGGCCGAACAACUUUGAGGAGACUUGUGAGAGGACCAAUCCCUCACCACCUAUGCCAUCUAUACCACCUCCAGCACCUCCAGCUGAAUAUCUGAGCGAGGUGGGAGAACCUGUGGAUAAGAAGCAGCCGCAUGGAAUGGCGUUGUAUGAUUUCCCCGUAACGCAACCUGAUGACCUACCACUAAAGGAGGGUGACAUAGUUAUCUUGAAAAGGCAGAUUAAUGAUGAAUGGCUAGAAGGUCAAGUUGGAAAUAGGAUUGGAAUGUUUCCAGCCAACUUUAUUGAUAUUAUUGUUCCAUUACCUGGGGCUGCAACAAAUGUUGUCACCGCUUUGUAUGCAUUUCCUGGAGAAACGUGGGAUGAUCUUCCCUUCGAGGAAGGAGUGAACAUCAAUGUUUUGUCCAGAAUAUCAGACGACUGGUUAUAUGGUGAAUACAAAGGUAAGAGGGGACAAUUUCCAGCGAAUUAUGUGAAUCGAGUGCCUCAUAAUCUACCCAAGUAUUCUCCAAGCUCAUGAGACAGUUCUAAUUAAUGUGAAGGCAAAAAAAAUAUCUAUACACAUUUAUUCUGCGUUGAAGGGAUAAAAUGUGCUGAAUUUAUCCUAAUGAAUGUGACAACGCUGAAAUAAUAUCGAUAAUUAAUGAUUGUGGAGCAAUACGUCAAGACAUCUUUAUUCUAACUCAAAAAAAUUGAUGAAUCAUUACUGAGAUACUAACUUAAUUACUGUCAAGACGUGAUAGAUCGACUCAUGUUUCACCACUUCAACACAGACAUCGCAGUGACUCACUGACAGUACUUGAAAAGAAAAUUAAAUAGCCUAAGAAAAUCAUAAGAUGUUUAUAUUUUUGGUAAAAAUUAGGAUAACCAAUUUUAUUCCCGUGAAAUACUCUCUGAGCGUUCGAUAUAAUUACCGGCCCUCCUUCCCCGAGAACUUAUUGAUUGUAGUGAACACUGCCCAAAGAAUAUUCUCUGUGAAUUUCGAAGUGGUAAUAUUUAUUGUGAAGAGUGAAUUGGACGUAACCGAGUUUAGGUUCCAAUCCUGCGCCUUUUUCAGAGGCAAAAAAAAAUUAAUGGCAAAAAAUCAACGAGUGGUGUGCGCUUCUACUUUUUUUAUGGCUCUUUGAGAAAUGGUUGAUUAGGAUCAAUUGUACAUACGGAGUAUUCGAGUCUGGAGCGAGAUAUUUUAUUGCUAUUAUUACGCUUGCGAUAUUGUUUUCUCUCCGAUGAAUUGAGUGUGUUGUAACUACACGUGAAGCGUGUGACUUCUGUUAAGCAUAUUAAUUCCUGUUUAUUCAUCCGAACGAAUGAGAACGGGCUUUUUGUAUAGAAGUUACCGGAAAUAUUACGACCUGAUAUUCUGGUGCAAUAAUUCAUGAGGAAAGAUAUUCUUUGGCUUGAUUGAGGUACUUAUCAGUGAAUAGUGUCGGUGGCGUAUCCCUUCUAAUAAAUAAAUUAUUUUUUACACUAUUCACGAAUCAUUUUUAGACAAAUAUAAUUGAUUUCCAAUGCAGGAAAAAGUCAGGCAACCAAAGUGAAUUUAAGAGGAAAUAUUCAUAAAUUUUAUGCCAGUGAUGCCCCAAAAAAAUCAUACGAGACGAAUACACAACUAACAACAGUCUCAUAAAUUCUAUCUCAUAAAUUCAUGGACCAGAAUGAGUAUGGUGAAAAUAAUCAAGUGUACAACUGUGUGGAUUUGCAUAAUUUAAUUUAUAGAAAAAUAAUAAUUGUCACUAAUUUAGGUUUUCAUUGUGGAGGUUGAUCCUGUACAUAACUCCGUAAUUAAUUUCAUACCUGAAUAAUAGGUGUAAAAAGGGUGCUAGGAAAUGUCUUGAAAUUUUUCAUUGUUCUGCCUGCUGGAUGUAACGAGGCUUUUGUAAUUGAAUUUGUAAAAUUUACGUUAUUAAUUUUUUAUCGUUCGACUUCAGUAUUAUUUGCUUGAAAUAUCAGGAUAGACAUAAUCAUUAUUGGGACCAAAUUACUAUUUUCAUUAUAUAAAAUUUUUAAACCCUUGGGAAUAUUUGUGCGCCAAGUCUAUAUUUAUAUCACAACAGUGAAAAAAAAGUGUGAAAAAUUGAUAAUAAUUUACAUCUUAUAAUAUUAUACUGAUGUAGAAUGUGAUAUUUUAUUUUGUUCAAUAAUAAUUAAUCGAUAAACUGUGCAA